CCGUUGUUAAACGCGGCCGUACGAGAAGCUCAGGCCCGACAACCGGCAACUUUCAACUUGUCCCUCACCAACUAUCGGUUGAAACUAUUCACGGGCCGAUUGGCUGUUUCUAGCUGGAUUUUGAGGGAAAAUCAGUGCAAUUUAUGCAUUUGUGUUCGCUUGUCCAGGCUUUCAUCUGUCGCCGGCAGUGACGGCGUGUAUGGAGGAGAAAGACAUGCUAUCCGGAACGAGAAUGAAUUUGCCAGAACCAUUCGAAAUUCCAAAGUUUGA